CCAAGUCAAUAACAGGAUCUGUUUUCAUUAGUCACCUAUUUCGGUUCUCGAUUUCGAUAUCUGUAUACCUAGGUAUACAGCUGCCGCAUCGCUCCUAUUCCAACACCCAUAAGUCACCAUGUCGUCUCUGCUCCGCCUGUCAAGGACGCUUCGCACGUUCAGGACACCCACGAGUUCCAACAAAAUGUCCUCCCACUUCUUCUCGCCUUCGCACACACCACGACACCUGAGCCUACCACGACCACGCCUCUUCUCCUCCCGCGGAUACGACGUUUACAGUGCUCAAGUGAGAUCCAACAAGUUUGUUCUGUAUGGACUUAUGGGCACCAACAUCGCCGUCUUCGGGUACGCGGCCUUUCUUAAGAGCCAAGCUCUACAGGGCUUCCACAUGCCAUUUGCAAAGUUCAUGGACACGAUGACAUUGAACCUGACCAACUUUCGAAACGGAAACUACACAUCGCUGCUCACUGCGGCAUUCACCCACGUGGAUCUCUUCCACAUAUUGUCGAACAUGAUCAGUGUUUAUUUCUUGGGCUCUUUCUUAGCGGCAGCGCCUGUUAUAACGCCAGUGCGAUACUUGAUUAUCGCUCUGGGCUCAGGGAUUGCGGGAGGAGUGGGCGCUUUGUUCAAUCGGUAUUAUAAGUUGCGGGCUCAAGGCCCCAAUGCCAGAGACUAUUCAAGAACUCUUGGAUUCUCCGGAGCCGUCAUGGGCAUCGGCGCUGUGGCAGCGUGCAUGGCCCCGCACGCGAAAGUGCUGAUCUAUGGCGUCAUACCGAUGCCGCUUUGGGCUUUGACUACCCUUUAUGCCGUCUACGAUGGAUUUUAUCUCAACGACUCGAACUCACGAAUAAGUCAUGCCGGGCAUCUAGGGGGAUUGACGUUUGGGCUUGUGUACUACUUCGCCAGAUUGCAGGGUCUUAGGUUCUGAGGGCAACAAUACAGCCGGGGUGUUCUCAACACGUUUUGCAGACGUGAAGGACUUCCUGAUAAGGUUCCGUGUGCUGUUAAGCUAUUGUAAUGUUGGUCAAUCGGCAA